AUGGAACAAACAACAGAUAGUAGUAAAACUGAAGAAAUAGAUUUAGAAAAGUAUAUGCACUCAGGUUCAAUAGCCAAUGCAACUUUAAAGAAGGUUAUAGAAAAAUGUGUAGAAGGCGCAAAAAUAUAUGAAUUGUGCGAAUUGGGUGAAAAAUUUAUGAAGGAAGAAUUAGAUAAGGUAUAUACGAAAAAAGAAAAAGGAAAUAAAGUAGAAAAAGGGAUUAGUUUCCCCAUUACAAUUAACGUUAAUGAAGUAUGCAAUAACUACUCCCCUGGAAGUGAUAAUGAAGAAACAAUAAAGAGUGGUGAUAUUGUAAAAAUAUGUAUGGGAUGUCAUAUAGAUGGGCAUAUUAGUAUUGUUGGCCAUACAAUAUAUGUUGGUAAUGAAAAUGAAAAAAUUGAAAGUCCUAAAGCAGAAGUUUUAAAAAAUUCUCAUAUAUUAUCCCAAUUAUUUUUAAAGAGUUUAAAAGUUGGUAUAAAUGCAAGUGAGAUAACAAAAAAUAUACAAAAGGCAUGUGAAGAUUUAAAAUGUAAUGUUAUUUCAAAUUGUGUUACAUAUCAAAUUAAAAAAUAUAUUAUAGAAGGAAGUAAAUAUAUUCUGUUAAAAGAAAACCCAGAAAAUAAAAUUGAAGAUUUUCAAAUAGAACCAAAUGAUGUAUAUAUAAUUGAUGUAAUGGUUACUAGUGGUGAUGGAAAAAUUAAAGAAGGUGAUCAUAAAACUACUAUAUAUAAAAGAGAAGUACAGAAAAACUACACUUUAAAAACUAGUUUAGGUAGAUCUUUUAUAAGUGAGAUAAACAAAAAAUUUCCUGUACUUCCUUUCCAUAUUAAACAUGUAGAAGAUCAACGAGCAGCAUUAAUUGGUAUUCCAGAAGCAUUAAGACAUGAUUUAAUUAAACCAUACUCGGUUUAUACAGAAAAAAAAAAAGAAUAUGUAUCACAAUUUAAAUAUACUGUUAUGGUUAAAGAAGACGGAGUUAAACAACUCACAGGUAUCAAAUGCUCUCAGUUAAAUAAUUGUAAUACUGUUAAUGAAAUUCAAGAUGAAUCAUUAAAAAAUAUUCUAAACUCAUCCAUCACCGCAAAAAAAAAGAAAGCCAAAGGAAAAAUUAAUGCAGAAACAGCUCAAGAUAAUUAA